UUAACAAGGGUGUAUUAACUGUGAUUUGACAACACGAUCUUAUAGAAUAACAGUGAAUAGUGUAACUGAUGGACAAGAUAAAUGUGUGACGGUGUACAAGAGAUCAAAUUCGUUUCGACAGGUAUACAGUACUUCCCGGUUUGGGAGGUUAGAAAACCUCGAAGCCAAAGGAAUACGAUUUUCAUUCACUUUUUAAUGAGGAAUAAUGAAGCAGUAUAUAACAAGGGGGGAUGAAAUGCCGUGUGUACGUGUGGCUGUGUUGGUGUGUGAAAGAGAAAAGGAGGGAGGGAAACAUAACACCCCGAGAAGACGUGCGUCGCGAGACUAAUACGACGCAGAAAGAACGAGAGUGCGCGUCAGUAGGUUUUAUCCUGACCUCGGUCAGACAGACAUGGUUUAAUUUAACCGGAUCCCUGCAAAGUCACAGUUCAAUCUAUCUUUGUCCAGUGGCGCGAUCAAAUCCUCGAGACGUUCGCGAUUUAACCUCACUCUUCCGUGGACGGGAAGAAGGAUACACUGUUUUUCCGAUAUUUCGCAUUCGCCGAGAUGUUGGGCCUACUUUUAAUAGUAGCCGCUCUUGGUACAUCGGCAUUCGCCAGUAAUGGCGAGAUGGUGGAGCAAGAAUGCCCAGUGGAUUGCCAUUGCCACUUUUUCCGCGUCAACUGGGUUACCGACUGCUCCGAAAGCAAUUUGACUAGUAUACCGAUCGAUGAGCUUAGCCCGAACGUCUACAUUCUGGAUAUGAAUGGUAACAACAUCGCAGAGAUCGGUUCAUUUCCUCAUUCUAUCAAGCUGAGGCGCCUCCAGAUGGCACACAAUCGAUUAACCGAGCUCAAGCAUGAGUCAUUUGCCGGAUUAACUUAUCUGCUGGAAGCAGACUUUUCGUCAAACGAAAUUACUCAUGUUGAUCCCGAGGCAUUCAAGGACAAUCCAGGUUUAAUUACGCUGGAGCUUCAGAACAAUCCUCUGGACGAAGUGAAAGGUCACUUUUUAAAUUCUCGUACUCUGCUGUACCUCGAUCUGAACACGUGUGGAAUCCAACGUUUGAACACCCAAUUUUUCCACAACACCACGAAUCUGAAUAAACUCGACUUGUCCCAUAAUCCACUUGGACGAAUUGAGCCUGGACCAUUCGAUCAUCUCACCAAUCUGGAGUACCUAAAGUUGAACGGAUGCAACUUGACUUAUGUCUCUUCAGUCGCGUUUGCCAACUUGGAAAACCUUCGAGAACUCGAAAUGGCAGAAAACGAUCUACGCUCGUUGAGCUGGACGAGCUUAUUAGCACCUCUGAUUCGUCUGGAGUACCUGAACAUCAGGAAGACCGGAAUCUCCAAUCUGCCAGGUGAUGCAUUUGCAAAGAAUUUGUACCUUAGGCAAUUGGUUCUUGCCGAUAACGAGUUGCAUCAUCUGGAUAUCAGAAAUACGCUGGGCCAUAAUUUGCAUAGCCUUCAGUCACUGGAUCUGUCAAAUUGCAAUCUAGAAGGUCACAAUCUGUCAGCAGAGGCUUUCAAAAAUACUAGUAAACUUCGCGUAUUGAACCUGAGUGGCAACCCCAUGUUAGCAACCGAUUUGCCGGUUUUACUACUUCAUCUGCCAAAGCUUCACAAGUUAUCAUUGAGCAACUGUAAUUUACGACGUCUUCCGAAUGCAUUCCACAUCUUUGAGCACUUGGAGGAGCUAGACAUCUCACAUAACCCACUGUCAGGAGCGUUCGAUAAUAUGUUGAACCAAUUAGAGUCAUUAGAAUACCUGGAUAUGUCUUAUUGUAACCUUGGUUACGUUGGAAAUAACACAUUCGCCUACAUGACUUCUCUGAAGAAAUUAAUACUAUCAGGGAACAAACUGCAUACCCUAGAAGAGGGAUUAUUUGCAAACCUGACACGAUUGGAAAGUCUGGAAUUGAACAAUUGUGAUCUAAAGACUCCCAUAGACCCUAAGGUAUUUGGCGACCAUGAUAGUACCAAUAUCGUUGAACUGAAGCUCAGUGGAAAUCCUCUGGAGGUGCCUGAGAAUGGUUCCCUUCUUCCAACGCAGUUCUCCAAUAUCGAGAUCCUGGAUCUAAGUAACUGCAAUUUGAUACAUCUGAACGAGAACCUAUUUUCGAGGACCAAGUAUCUAACCCAAUUGAAUCUAUCUGGCAACAGCAUUGCCGGGCCAGAGAACCUAGUCUGUCUGAAGAAGCUACGUAUGCUGGAGCAUCUAGACCUCAGCAACAAUUAUCUGCGCACUAUCAACCCGCGAGUGUUCAAGGCGAAUCCACGCUUGCUAACAGUCAAUUUGCUUGGUAAUCCGUUCAUGUGCAACUGCUUUAUCACAGACAUGUGGGACUGGGCGAUGCAGGUAAAGAAGGACCUACACGUGCUCGUUGGUAGCCAACCAGCAAAUUUCGAAACCGGCGCAGCGAAACUGAGAAAGAGCUUAUCGUGUACCUACGACGAGGCAACCUACCGUCAGCUCACGGAACAGGCACGCGCCAGUGCUGACCAGCGUCGCCUUAGAAAAGGGGAUCUGACCCCCACCCGUACCUGGGCGAAAUACGUCCGCGAGUCGAAUUGCGGCCGUAGUUCAUGAUAUAUAGCGAACAAAUUUCAACACCCGAUAUUUGAUGUCUAUAACGAAGAGAAACACGGUGUAGAGAGGGAUGAGCUGUAAUGCAUCUUGAAGCAGCGAAUGUACACACAUGUAUGGGCUAUAUAUAAGGAAUGGUACGCGAUACUGUCUAGUAAUUUAUCAAGAUUCUAUCCCGAAGAAAGCCAAAUAUGCCUCGUCACUUCCACGGUAUAUGACUUUAUUUUUGUAGGCGAUUUAAAUAGGAUUAAGAUGUGUUGGUAGUAAGCGUGUGCCAGACGUCAGGACGGUGAAAUAUUUUCUAAGGGAAGCUCGGGAUGCAUCCCCGUUUGAAUGGAAUUUGUACUCUACUUUUCACUGGCAUCGUCAUCUUUAUGGAAUCACGCUGAAUGGCUGUGAUCGAUCACCUAUAAGCGAUGACGACAACCGUCUUCAACAAACUGCCCUUCUCUGUCCGUGGCAAACAUCUUUAUACAUUGGAGCGAAAUUCGAAAACGGUGCAAUACGUCUAGGGUCGGUUGGCAUGAUUAAUGUAACGAACGGGGAUGAGAUGGAAAAAAUAUUUAUCGAUCGACGGAACAACGGAAGGUUCUCGAAUUAUCAAUCACCUCUUUCACUUUGAGACCCUUUUGUGCUUCGUCGACGCUUUCUUUUUCCACGUUGAUGCGAGAAUUAAUGGUCGAAAACCAGUUUAAGACCAUUCGUUGUUCCCGAUGACAAUGGUGUCGUGUUUUUAAUUAAUCGCGCUCGCUGAUCAAGCCACCCUUAUAUUCUCUGCCUCUGUUACACUCUUACAAGGGCUCGUGUAUAACAGAAUUUAACCGAAUCGAUAAUUGCUCGAAGACUGUAAUAGAGGAAUUGAAAUCCGAAUAGAGAAGAUUGAUGCCUGUUGCGUGAAGAUCUGUGAACUCUCGAAUUCAUAACAAAGUGAUGAAGUUUUUGAAAGAAGCGUACCGAGCAUAGAUUCUAUUUAAGCGUUGAUGAUGAACGACGUAAAGUCGUGCUAGCCUCGCGUAAGCAUGUCGCGAUUAAUAAUUAUGAGGCCCUUGCAUGUUCGUAUGUAUACUUGUAUCUGUUAUUUUCCUGUUAUUAUAUGCCAUCAUGUGUUACAUAAGCUCGUAUGGAUGUCGCCAGGUAUAAUACUCCGUUCGGAAGAAAACUCAAUUGUUCGAAUUAUUGACCCUCGACUGGGACCCGGACUAAAACUGGUCAUACUGUUCUUUCAUUGUUAAGUUGCAUUGGUUCAGUGAAAUUUACGAUUCUUUAACAACAUUUAUAAUUAUUAAUUUUGUAAUUCGUCGUUCAUGCUACAAGUUUAACGUUCGAGUAAUUUUGUUAAACAAUCGUUUCAAUCGUCUGACUUGUUCCACUCUAACAGUUGAAGGUUAAUGUCAUACGAUUUACUAUGCUUUGUUCUUUAUAUAUUUGUUACAUUUAAUUGUUACGUAUUUAUUUUAUCUACGAUUGUCAGGAGUAGCAUUACAUUUUGCAUUUGUUGUUAGUUUCCGAUUAAUGACACGCGCCAAGAAACAUUUAUCCCAAUGUCUAUUCUUAGUUUUAAAGUUAGUCUGCUCUCUUUUAUGCGAAUAUAUACGUAAUCACGCGUUACUUCCUAUUUCAACCAAAAAGUGUUCUCUGGCGGUGUCCAUGUAUAAAUACAACGUACUCCUGUAGUACUGUAAAUUUCA